UGUGAGGAUUCAAGAAGUUUAGCAUCGUCGUAUCGCACUUGUUGGCGCAAGGCAAUUGUAAACCUUUUUACAAGUGACAUAAAAGUGACGGUUUUUAACACAAGAGUUAAUUGGACAAAAAAAGAAAAAAAUUUGUGUAAACAAAAAUUGGAAGAAACUAGACAAAUUUAUUAUUCAUAUUGAAGAGAAUAUACCAAUUUGAAUAUUUUAUUAAAAAAAAAAACAAUUAUUAAAUUGAAACUUGAAAAAAAAAACAAAAUGUGCGAAUUUAAGGACAAGCCGGAAUGCGUGGGUGGUGCCGAAAAAUCCAAACUUAAUGUGGCAACUAUCGAGGGAGGCAAUAAUGGCACUUUCGCCCCCAAGGAAUUAAACAAAGGCACAGAAUAUUAUGAAUCGGCACUGGGAGUAACAACAUUUGGCAAAUUUAAUUAUUUACUAAUAUUGAUAUGCGGUUUGAUUCUAGCCAAUGUUCUUUUGGAAACAUUGGGCAUCAGUUUUGUGUUACCUGUGUCACAGUGCGAUUUGAAUUUAACGGUGCAGGAGCGUGGCAUUAUGAGUGCCAUUGGUUUUGCUGGCAUUAUUAGCAGUUCACAUUUGUGGGGAUUUUUGGCCGAUACCACGGGGAGAAGGAAUAUCAUAAGACCAACAUUGUUGAUUGGUUUCUUUAUAACAGUGUUGUCGAGUUUCUCGACAAACUUUUGGACGUUGGUGAUAUUGCGGUACUUGAAUGGAUUUUGCAUUUCUGGAGGUUCUGCCACAGUCUAUGCCUAUUUGGGUGAAUUCCAUACACAGAAGAAUCGUUCCAGAGCCAUCAUGGGAUCAGCUUUCAUAUUCGGUGUGGGAGCCAUGUUAAUGCCGGCCAUUGCAUGGCUUUUCAUUAAUCAAGAAUGGCGUUUGGCAUUGCCCUUCUUGGGUUUGACCUACAAGCCAUGGAGGCUGUUUAUGGUGGUAUGUGGCGUUCCUGGAUUAUUGUGUGGCCUAAGUCUAUUUAAAAUUCCCGAAAGUCCCAAGUUUUUAUUGAGUCAAGGACAGGAGGAGAAGUGUUUGGAUAUUUUGAAAAAUAUUUACCACAUAAAUACAGGAAAGCCAAAGGAAGAAUUCCCAAUUUCCCAUGUCACCGAAGACUUGGAUACCAGCAAUAGACCUCGCACCCACGAGACCAAUGCCAAUUCGAAUGCCCUGGUGGUACUUUUGCGUUCCAUGUGGACUCAGACUCAGCCUUUGUUCAAUCGAGAAUAUGCCCGCACCACAAUUUUGAUUUGUACCAUACAAUUUUUCAUUUUCUGCACCUCGAAUGGCAUGUACAUGUGGUUCCCUUCGAUAUUGAAUAGUGUGGCAGAGUUUAUGAGUGAAUAUCCCAACAAUAGCACCUUCAUCUGUGAUGUGGUCUAUGCCAAGCAGAAAGCUACUCUGGCUAUUGAAUUGGACGAAAGCAUAGAGCAGGUGUGCACAGAAAAAUUGGAGAUAUCCACCUACCAACAUUCCUUGAUUCUGGAAGUUUUGUAUGCGGUGGGCUUUGCCCUAAUCGGCGGCAUUAUCAAUAGUGUGGGCAAACGUUUAAUACUUUUCAUUUGUCUGGCCGCUUGUGGUGUUUGUGGUGUGGUUGCCAUUUUCGUCAGUCAACCCAUGGUGGCCAUUUAUUUGUAUGUCAUUCUACUACUUUGUGGCUUGGGCAUUAAUGUUCUUAGUGCUGCUACGGUGGAAUUGUAUCCUACGAGAUUAAGGGCCAUGGCUGUGUGCAUUUCCCUAAUGAUGGGCCGCUUGGGCAGUGUAGUGGGUGCCAAUGUUGUUGGCGCUCUUAUUACCAAUCAUUGUGAAACAGCCUUCAUCACUUCGGGCGUGUCUUUGGUGAUUGCGGGAUUUAUGGGUUUCUUGAUUGUUGGCAAUAAGAACAAAGGACAAAUUUCACCCGAGAGACGUGUCAGCUUAAUCUCAAUGACGGGGAACUAACUGUACUACAUAGGAUUAUUGUAUUUUUAAGUCUAUUAUUUUUUUUAUUCUAAAUUCAUAUUGGAUAUUAUUAUAUUUAUUAUAUGAUUGAACAUUAUUGGUUUUAGCUUUAGCGUAGUUGUAAUUUUUUGUAGUCAAUAGCAGUAGGAUUUUUCAUAAAGUCUGAUUUUCCCAAAAAACACAAAAACAAAAGGAAACCAAAAAUACCUGAUCACAUUCAGUAAUGUAUAAGUCUGCAUUUAAAUUAUAUAUAGAAAAUACGAGUAGUUUAUAAAUAAAAUUGUUGUAAAACAUAGAACAUUUA